CCAGGUUCCGGGAGCAGCUGGACUCCGGCAGGGGCACUGUGAGCUGCGCCCUUGUGGCCCUCAUGGCCCAUGGUGGGCCUGGGGGGCAACUGCACGGCGCCGAUGGGCAAGCAGUGCAGCACGAGGCGCUGGUGCAGGAGCUGAGCCGCUGCUGGGCCCUGCGGGGCCGCCCCAAGAUCUUCCUUCUUCAGGCCUGCCGUGGGGGGCACAGAGAUGCCGGUGUGGGGCGUCCAGCUCUCUCUCGGUUUUGGCGCUGGCUGCGAGCACCGCCAGUCACCCCAUCGCACGCUGACAUCCUUCAGGUCUAUGCCAGUGCCCAAGGCAUGUCCUCUGGGGAUCCUGCUCCCUGGAGCUAUGAGCAGGCAGACAUCCUGACAGCCUACGCAGCUGCGGAGGGUCAUGUAGCCUACCGGGACGAGAGCGGCUCAGACUUUAUCCAGACGCUGGUGGAAGUCAUCAGGGCGGAGCCCCAGAGAGAGCUUCUGGAACUUCUAACUGAGGUCAACCGGAGGGUGUGCGAGCUGGAAGUGCUGGGACCUGACUGCGACGAGCCCCGCAAGGCCUGCCUGGAGAUCCGCAGCUCGCUGCGCCGCGGGCUCCACUUGCAGCCCUGAGCGCCCGCUGCCCGCCCGCGCCUUC